AUGAACGAAAACGAUAACGAGGACCCUUCCGAUUCCAACACGUUAUCCUUCUUGCAGAAUUCUGCAGAGAACACCUUCUCCUUCCUGGAUCAAGCGGAUCAAUUGGGCUUUCAAGGAGGCAAAUACUUGAGUGAGUAAUCUCUGACGUGUACUUUCUACCGAUUUAAGAAAUUUUAGCCCUUUGUAACGGUUAGAAACACGCGCACUCUUCUUACCUGCCUAGCGUUAAAGAGGGUUUCCACCCGUUCUCCUAUCCACAUUUAACGCAGCUAACUCAAUUUGUUCAGCAAAGAAGGAAAUUUAAUUAAGAAGUGGUAGUUGCCAUGGAUACCUCAUAUAUUGGUCUCUAUGACGACGCUUGUUUGGUUUCCAAAGUUCAUUUAAAUUAAGAGCAAUCCUCGGUUGAUUCCGCAUUCGGAAAACGAUUCGAAAUUUUCGGCCAUUUAUUUUUUCUAGCGGAAAACCUUCACCCAUUACCAGGAACCCCCUUGUUAUUUCAAAGGCCACUCGGCAAAGAAGGGCGAAUCCGCGAAAUUUGGACUUGCCAGUGGCCGAGUGGAUAAAACUUGGUAGUUGGUUGUAGAUCCAACUCGCUAAUAUCAGCAGUCCAUCAAAAUUGAUGGACUGCUGAUGUUAGCGAGUUGGAUCUAAUGAUGCUGAUGAUGGAAAACGACAGGAGAAGAACAAAAGGAAAGGUUUUACUUUGUGAAAAAGUUGUAUUGUAUAUUAAAUACUUUUCUGACAUUGCUUCCUCAUUGAAUAACGAGUUAUGUAGCUUUCAAUCCGCCGUAGAAACGGAUAAGCAAUCUUCUGUUGAUGAAAAACGUGAAGAUUCUCAAACAGUAGAAGUAUAUAACUCGGAAAGCCCAUCAACCAGCAGUGGAAAGAGAAAACAGAGAAGAUACAGAACCACUUUUACAAGUUAUCAGUUGGAGGAACUGGAGAGGGCAUUUCAGAAAACUCAUUAUCCAGACGUCUUCUAUCGUGAAGAAUUGGCUUUGAAGAUCGAUCUGACUGAAGCAAGAGUGCAGGUUUGGUUUCAGAACCGAAGAGCAAAAUGGAGAAAGCAAGAGAGAUUAGUCAAUAAGCAUCAGUUUUCACAGGAGGGUGCGGAAGUAACCGAGGCAUUACUGAAUUCUUCUUGUGAUACGGAUUUACUUCAAGAAGUAGAAAGCGCGUUGUCGACUCACCAAAUGGAUCUUCCCGCUCUUUUAGUGGAUCAACCUUCAUCCACUACUUUUACUUUCCCCUUAUCCAACGUUUAUCUUCCUGGCAACAUCAGCAUCGAUUGGAGCCACUUUUGCCACAGUCAGCAUUUGGCCUGUUUGGCAUCUCAGGAACCUCUAUCCAACGAAACUGAUGUAGUGAAAUUGGCUUUGGCGGCCGCAGAAGAGAAUUGUGGAUCUCUUCUGGAUGCCCCUUCCCCGUGUGAAGAGAAGUUGUGCCUAGAGGAGUAUUCCUCUUCCACCAAUACACACUUUAAUUUACCAUCUCUGGAAGGUUGCGCGCUCUUGGAUGCUGAUCCAAGUUAACUCGUUGUCAAUCUUUUUUGAGGAUUAUUUAUUUUUAGAUUAAAUAAACCAUCUUUUCUUUCUAAAA